AUGUUGGUCUUCGCUGCUUACCCUACUGAACAGGACAUUGAAGAAUUUAAAAAUCUGGCAUAUCAUAUCAAUACAAAUGGCUUUAGUCCAUUUUUCGUAGCAUCUUUGUAUCCUGAAGGAGAGGAAGAAUUUACACAAUCACGAGUACUUAUAGCAGCCUGUGUAAACUUAGUAUUUAAUUUAAUUUGCGAAAUUACGGGUCUAGCUAAUUUUCUGCCAUUUCUUUUUGCGUGGUCUCCUGUUCUUAAUCCUGCUGCUGUCCUAUAUUUCGUGAGAGAAUUAUGGCGUCCUCUGCAAAAACUUUUACCUUUUUCCAAAGUGGUUCCAAUAGCACGUGAGACGACUACGGACAUACAAGGCGCCAGGAAUCAGCCAAAGGAUUACCGACUACGCGAACUGCUUAUCAUAUACCCUCUGUUGUUCGUCAAUAAGUUUCGAAUGAAAUUCUAUUCUCGCUAG